AUGGUGUUGAAGAAGGAGGUGCUCAAGGAUCCGGCGCGCGUGCCGGAGACGGAGCAGGCCGUCUUCGCCGCGGGCUGCUUCUGGGGCGUCCAGCUCGCGUUCCAGCGCGUGCCCGGCGUCGUGAGGACCACCGUCGGCUACACGAUGGGCCGCUUCAGCAACCCGACCUACGAGGAGGUCUGCUCCGGCGUCACGGGCCACACGGAGGCCGUGCACGUCGUCUUCAGGAAGGCCGAGAUCUCCUACGAGGAGCUGCUGACCGUGCUCUGGGAUCGCAUGGACCCGACGGCCAAGGACCACCAGGGCAACGACUACGGUACGCAGUACCGCUCCGGCAUCUACUUCCUCACGAACGAGCAGAAGGCCAUCGCCCUCAAGUCCAAGGCCAAGAUCCAGGAGAAGUACUCCGCGGAGAUCGCGACGGAGGUCCUCCCCGCGCAGCACUUCUGGCCCGCGGAGGACUACCACCAGCACUACCUCGCCAAGCUCGGCCAGAGCCACGAGAAGGGCGUCUGCACGGCCAUCCGCUGCUACGGCUGA